AUCAUGGCGUUGAGCGCUAUAGCAGAAGAUUAUUUUCGUUCUAUGAAUCCCAUAGCCUCUAAAAUUCACGAAGAUAUUGUCGAAGCCAAAAAUUCCUAUGAAAAUAUAUGGGAUACGCUCACGGAAAAGGAACAGGCUGAAAUAAUAAAUGAAUCCAUAAUAAAACCCGAUAUAGUCCUUAAAUAUGCUCUACUUGACAAUUUAGAUUUUGAUAUCAACGAGCCACCGGUACGAAAAGACAAUUUAAUGUCAUUCUUUGGCCGUGAACAUGGCUUACGGAUGAUUCAAGAUGAGAACACAUCAUACCGAGACGAACACUCGGCACCUUUCCUCUAUCAAACAAAGAGUCAGCUUAACUUGUGUGUUCUCAGCGAGCAUCGAGUACCCAAAGACGUUAAAUGCACUUCACCUCCACCGAUAAUGACAGAACUAGCGUUAUCUCACUCGAAAGUUGUCAACGAACUUAAAAAUGCAUUAAAGUCCCAUGAUGUACUAAAAAGUACGUUCAAGGAAAAAGAAACUCACGAUCGAACAGAUCGAGAUGUUAUAUCACCAACAGGGUUUAUAAGUAAAUUUAUGGGUAAUUUUAAGAGUAAAGAUGAGGAGCGAGAGUGCCUGAUGCCAUCGUUACCUCAGACACAGAUUGUGGCGUCAUCGGAGAACUUCUUCAGGACGAACUUCAAGAGUCCACAAAAUGAAUGUAAAUUUGAAAAGGAUUAUAGAAGUAGCGUCAUCAAGUCCCAUAGUGAUCUCUCAGAAGAGAACCGAGGCUUGCUGUCAUCAAGUCAAGCGUCAUCAGGUACUGACUUUCAGUCGACAGAAACUUUGACAGAAACUAGCACUUUACCAAAGACUGGGUACGAUUUCUUAGACAACUGGUAAUAUAUUUAUAGCAGACGCUUACGUGUAUACAUACCAAUACUAAACUACAUAAAUAAGUUGUAGAAAAGCCAGAGGCAUUAAAUCAAAUCACGUAUACUACAUACUCUUCAAAAUCAAAAACAUCUUGAUUCGA